AGGACUCAACUCCCGCUUUCGAACAUUUUCUCGGAUUGUUGGGGAGAAAAGUCCGAUUGGCGGAUUACAAAGGAUACCUCGGAGGGCUGGACACGAAAUCGUGCAAACGUUUCGUCACCAUGCGAUGAGACAUCAGUGCGCAGUUGGGUGGGUACUUCUUCUGUGUCUGCGUGCAUGUAUACAGCAUUCGAAAGCUAUCUGUUAUCUUCUAACCCAGAUAUCCAAAGCUACGUUACCGAAUUCGCCGGGUUCGAUGUGAUGUUUUUGGUAUCCACCAUGCUACCGUUCCAAAACAACACCGAAGACCAAAUAUUAAGAAAGCGACAUAUCGGGAAUAGCUCGGUAACGAUAGUGUUUCAAGAGGAAGGGGCACCAGCAUUUGAGGUGGACUCAAUUGUCUCACGGUUCCAACAAGUACUCAUUAUCGUUCAUCUAGUUCAUGAUGAAAACGGAAAACCCGGCUACAAGGUUGCUGUUUGUCGCUCCAGAGAUAUUCCGCCUUUCGGUCCAGCAUAUUCUGCAGAUCAAGUGUUUGAACACAACCAAGAUUUUGCAGCGUUUCUGUUGGUCAAAGCUAUCAACGGGGCUAAUGCUGCUAUGAAGGGCGAAAAACUUCUCAAAAUUGUCAGACGGUCUCGUGCCGCAUACUUGGAUCAACUGUUUCGUGAUUACGCUUCCGCACCCGAAUCGGAUCGGAAAAGGAACAGAAAGUUCUCACACUUGAGGUUAUUCGGUCAAAAGAUGCAACCUCAUUCGACAACAGAGCUUCCGACAAUACCAAUCAGAUCAUACAGACGACCGGACAACGUCGAUGGUUCGUCAGCUGUUUGCUCCUCGGGACCAAAUGAGAUCAUCGUUGGUGAGAGUGGUACACAAAAACUUCUGGAUUCAGGAGAGGAUAUUUGGAAAGAUAUCACCAGCAAUAUCGAAACCCAGCAAUUUGCAGAAGCCUUCCCCGUUACCCUAUUCGACGUGCACACCGUCUAUGGCUGGCAAACAGCAAGUACAAUUCAUCGCUUUUCACCAUCCGGUGAUGGCCUGGCAGCUUUCCCAUGGAACACUUCAACAGACUGCCAAAUGACUUUAUCAGUCAGCCGAUAUUGGGUCACUUUCAGUUCACAUGACAAGGGUAAAACAGCCAUGAACCGUCUGAUGUUUGCGAUCAAAACUAGCUCUAUUUUUGCGUUCUCCGUGGGCAAGGAUGAAGGAUCCUAUCAACGGGGCUAA